AUGGCCGGAAGGAAGGGAGGCGACAGGAAGAAGGCGGUGAGCCGCUCCGUGAAGGCCGGGCUCCAGUUCCCCGUCGGCCGCAUCGGGCGCUUCCUCAAGAAGGGCCGCUACGCGCAGCGCGUCGGCUCCGGCGCCCCCGUCUACCUCGCCGCAGUCCUCGAGUACCUCGCCGCGGAGGUCCUGGAGCUCGCCGGGAACGCCGCCAAGGACAACAAGAAGACCCGCAUCAUGCCGCGCCACCUGAUGCUCGCCAUCCGCAACGACGAGGAGUUCGGGAAGCUUCUGUCGGGAGUCACCAUCGCGCACGGCGGCGUCCUCCCCAACAUCCACUCCGUGCUGCUCCCCAAGAAGGCUGCCGAGAAGGCCGAGAAGGCUGCCGAGAAGGCGGAAUUUUCAGGUCUGUCCUAUGACACCAAUGAGAUUGCUCUCAAGGAUGCAUUCUCUCAGCACGACCAUGUUACCGAAGUGAAAGUGUUAUGCGAUCCUGUGACGGGAAAAUCCAAAGGAUGCGGUUUCGUCAAGUUCUCUUCGGAAGAUGAAACAGCUGCAGCGUUGGAGAAGAUGAUUGAUGAGGCGCUUGAUGGUAGGAACAUACGGGUGCACUGCGCAAACCGCGGAUGAUCCGCUGUUGUUUCUGCUGAUGACAUGAGCAAGGUACAAGCUGGCAAUCAUAUAUGCUGAUAAUGAAGAUGAUGUUGGAGAUUUGGUCAGCAAGCAUGCUGACAUGCUGGUUGUGCAGUCGUAAGGGUUGGCUGGAGAUUUUCCGCUUGAGAUAUCAAAUCUUACUGGGAAUAUUACUCCCUGGACGUCACUAUCAUUUCGCCGAGAUGGCAUUUUAUUUUAAGUUGUAUAAAAUCUUAUCUGGAAUGCUGAAUCAUCCUGCUUGUUGAUUGCAAUCGCAGCGCAUUAUUCUUGUUAAA